AAAAAGACCAGAUUACUGCCGGGAAUGCAGUGAGGAAGGACCAGAUGGAGGGCAAAGCGGCCAUCGCCAAUAAAACCACGAGCUGCGUGUUUGAACUGUUGCAGCAAUCCGGCAUCAAGACGGCCUUCGUGAGGCAGCACUCGGACACGGCGUUUGUGGCGGCGCACUGUGAGAUGAUUCCCAUCGAAUGGGUGUGUCGCAGGGUUGCCACUGGCUCUUUCCUGAAGAGGAACCCUGGUGUGAAAGAGGGCUACCGCUUCUCCCCACUGAAGAUGGAGAUGUUCUUCAAAGACGACGCCAACAAUGACCCGCAGUGGUCGGAGGAGCAGCUGCUGGAGGCCAAGUUUUGCCCCGCCGGCCUCGGCAUCGGCCGCUGUGAGGUGGACAUAAUGAACCGCAGCACUGUGGCCAUCUUUGAGAUCCUCGAAAAGGCCUGGGCUACGCAGAACUGCACACUGGUUGAUAUGAAGAUCGAGUUUGGCGUGAACGUGAAGACUCAGGAGAUUGUUCUGGCCGAUGUGAUCGACAACGACUCGUGGAGGCUGUGGCCCGCCGGAGACAGAAGCCAGCAGAAAGAUAAGCAGGUUUACAGAGACCUGAAAGAGGUGACCCCUGAGGCCAUGCAAAUGGUUAAGAGAAACUUCGAGUGGGUCUCCGAAAGGGUCAAGCUGUUGCUGGAGUUCCAAGCCAAUGGCAGGGUGGUGGUCCUGAUGGGCUCCACGUCAGACAUGGCCCACUGUGAGAAGAUCAAGAAGGCCUGCAGCUCUUACGGGAUUCCUUGCGUGCUGCGCGUCACCUCUGCGCACAAAGGCCCGGAUGAGACUCUGCGCAUUAAAGCGGAAUACGAAGGAGACGGCGUUCCCACAGUGUUUGUGGCGGUGGCUGGCCGGAGCAACGGCCUCGGUCCCGUGAUGUCAGGUAACACGGCUUACCCUGUCAUCAACUGUCCGCCCAUCACGCCCGACUGGGGCUCCCAGGAUGUGUGGUCCUCCCUUCGUAUGCCAAGCGGUCUGGGCUGUUCGACCAUCCUCUCCCCGGAUGCAACCGCUCAGUUUGCGGCUCAGAUCUUCGGUCUGACCAAUCACCUGGUGUGGUGCAAGCUGAGGGCGUCCAUGCUCAACACCUGGGUGGCCCUCAAGGUGGCCGACAAGAAGCUCCAGGCCUGCACCAUCUGAGCUAAUGUCACAGAAGCAUCAUCAUCAUCCUUUUGGGCUGAUUAAUCUCUUCUGAUGAAGCAAAUCUCUAACAAAAUUAAUCUUCCAACCAUUCCAUCACAAAUAAAUUGUUAAUCUUUGUAACAAAA